AUGGUAGAAGGAGGUUACCUCCACUGUUUGCCUCAUAUUAGUUCUUACAACGUUUUCAUAAAAACAGAGGAUAUUCAUCCGCGCGAAACUUUAUCAGAGGCCCAGAAGGAGAAAUUUAAUUCUGUGAUGAAAUGCAUCCAUGGCCAAGAAACUCCGGAACAGCUAAAAGAACGGAAAAAAAUUGGCAACCGAAAACAAGAUCAGAAACAAGAUCAGAUCAAACAAGAUCAAAUGCAAGAUGAACACGGUGCACAAGAUAAAACAGUCAAAAAAAUCCCUGUUAUGUGGUAUCAUAAAGAUGCAUCAGGUGCAAAUUUUUACAAGAUGCCGUCUGGAGGAAGUAAAGAAAUAAUACUGGAUGUUAAAACACACUACACUGUAGACAAAAUUACUGAAAAAUGCAUCGAAGCUUUCAAGAAUGAAUUAAAUCAUAACUAUUUUGAAAAAAGUUUCAUCGAAAUAGGAAGAAAAAACCAUGAUGUCAUUAUAGAUUUUGAUUUAAAGCCAAUUGCAGACAAGAACAUAAUGGUGGUAAGUGAUAUGAAUAAAUGCAAGAAAGAUCAGAAUUCAAAAGAAAAUAGUUCUCCAUCGAUAAGCUUGGAUCAAAUGCCCUCCUGCAAUUCAAUUUUCAAAACACCAGUGAUCUCUAGAAUUAAAAGUUCUCCAUUGAAAAAGAAAGUCAGUGUGGAGUUUUCUGAACAGUUAAAUGUUCCUACAAAGAAAUCAAAAAUAUCUCACAUAAAUGAUGUCAGAAAUGUGAAAAUAGACGUUGCCAUUGAGGUACCCAUGAGUGACUUUACUUUCCCAGAUGUGGUAUUGGGAAGAGGUGCUUUUGGAGAAGUUCGUAAGGGAGAUUGGAAUUUCACUGAAGUUGCUAUUAAAACCAUAGACUUAUUACAAGAAGAUCCUAAAGAUAUCAUAAAAGAAGUGGCUAUACUGCGACAAGUUGUACAUAAAAACAUUGUCUCCAUUAUGGGAUACGCUAUGAGUAACAAUGAUUUCUAUAUCAUCAUGGAGCUUGUUGAUGGUUACACCCUAAUGGAAUUAAUAUUUAAAGAUCGAAUCAAAUGUAUAUUUCCACUUGACACUUCAGACAAGAUCCAGAUAACAUUUCAAAUAUUACUUGGACUUGCAUUCCUUCAUGGCUUUCCAAAGAAGAUUGUGCACCGAGACAUAAAACCAGCUAAUAUACUUCUGACCAAAGAAAAAGGUGUUAAAAUAUGUGAUCUAGGAGUAUCCAAAAUCAACGAGCUCUACACACAAUUAAUGACCACUCAUGGUCGAGUAAAUUGUGCUGGUACGCCAAUGUACAUGGCUCCUGAAAUUUAUAUCAACCGCCAGCAAGCAACAGAGUACUCAGAUAUGUGGUCAUUUGCUUGCACUAUUGUCGAGUUAUUUAAUGAAAAGCAUGUCUGGCGCAUAGCAAACUCACAAAAAAAUCUGGUAAAGCUGUUGAAAGAAAAACGUACACCAGAAUGUGAUAACUUACCUGAUAUUAUAAAAGCACAGGUGAAAAAGUGA